AUGACCGAGCGGAACUAUGAUCCCAAGAAGCACAUAGAGUACCUUAUGAGCAAGCGACCCGAAAUUCUGCUUCCAGGUCUGGAAAAAACGGGGAGCGUUGACGAUAAAUUGAAAGAAAAUCGUCAAAAACAGUCCUUUGAUUAUUCGAACUACAUAAGAAAUAAGAGACUGCAGUUUGAAUUGAAGAAAGAAGAGGAACAACGAAUCAAGAGCCUGGAAGAAUCAAAGGAAACCAAGACGAAAAGUGAACUCAAAAGACAAAAGAUGAAUGAAAAAACUGCUAAGAAGAGGGAGGCUAGGCAGAAAAGAAAGAGAAAUCAACAAGCAAAGAAGCUAGUUAAAAACGAUAAUGCAUCACUGGAAGCGAACGCCUCUAGUAAGUCUUAG